GGCAUCGGUAUUUUACAGAUAUGAAAAGCGUUAUUGUGUAUUUUGGACCGCAAUUGUUAGAUACUGUAAAGCAAAAAUUAUACACAGAAGUAGAGGGUAAUUGUACAGGGAAAUAUGGUUUUGUCGUUGCCGUUACAACAAUUGAUACUAUUGGUGCUGGCAUUAUUCAACCAGGACAAGGUUUCGUGGUAUAUCCUGUUAAAUAUAAAGCAAUAGUCUUUAGGCCUUUCAAAGGUGAAGUUCUCGAUGGUAUUGUUACCCAAGUGAAUAAGGUUGGCAUGUUUGCGGAAAUUGGUCCAUUAUCAUGCUUCAUUUCACAUCAUUCCAUACCAGCUGAUAUGCAGUUUUGUCCUAACAUCAAUCCUCCAUGUUAUAAAUCGAAAGAUGAGGAUGUUGUAAUUCAAGCAGAUGAUGAAAUAAGAUUGAAAAUUGUUGGAACUAGGGUGGAUGCUACUGGAAUAUUUGCAAUAGGUACAUUAAUGGAUGAUUACUUAGGACUUGUUUGCAAUUGAUGGUUUUUAUUCUAUAAAAUUAAUUAUUUAUUUCUUAAUUUUUGAAGAAAUUGAGGAGAAAUAGUCAUUGAAUUGUUAUAUCAAUGAUCUACAAUUCCAUUUAAUUAUAAUAUUUAUUUUUAAUAAAAUCAGUUAAAGACUAAUAUAUAUUUAUCAAAAUAUAUGUGCAUUGGUCACAUAUAUUGAAAGUGUAUGUACAUGAAUCAGUUCAACAAUUUUUUACCUUCGUUUAAAAAAUGAUUGCAAAUUGUAUAUGAUAGAACACUCGUUUGAUAAGUACCAAGUAAUAUAAA